AUGGCACGACUGUUGCUUUUAAUCCUGUCCUUGCCAUGGACAGUGUGUAUGACUGAAAGGGCAAAAUGUACUAGCCGUGAGCCACUUCCCAUUGUGCACAAUUAUUUUCAAGCCAGUGACAUUAUCAUUGGUGGUAUUGCAUCUCUUAUCACCAUCCCUACAACUCCUCCUACCUUCGGUGAAGAUCCCCACCAUUUAUUUAAUGAUGAAUUUCUCGUUCUUACCAAGUACUACCAACAUAUCUUGGCUCUGGUAUUUGCCGUGAAGGAGAUCAAUGAAACCCCUCAGAUCUUACCCAACUUCACUCUGGGCUUCAGAAUCUAUGAUAAUUAUGCUGGGAGAUAUUCAAUAUAUGCCACAAUGGAACUUUUCUCCAAGCAGAAGAAAUUCAUCCCCAAUUAUAAGUGUGAGGUUCAGAACAAACUUGUUUCAGUCAUCGGAGCUCUUUAUUCUGGAAUCUCUUUCACUAUGGCAUGUAUUUUGGGGAUCUACAAAGUUCCACAGAUCACAUACGGUUCUCCUCUACAUAAGAAUGAUAGCUCUGAAAGACAUACUUUCUAUCAGAUGGCCCCAGAUGAAGCCUACCAAUACACGGGGAUUGUCCAGCUCCUUUUGCACUUCAGGUGGACAUGGAUUGGAGUCAUUUUUAAAGAUGAAGAUGGAGAAAGAUUUGUCCAUACUAUUUCCUCCAUGCUUUCUCCACACAGAAUCUGUGUUGCUUUCUUGAAAAGAUUUAAGCAAUUUUAUCUAGGUACUGUUUUUGAUGACAUAGAUUGGCUAGUGGAAAUGUACCUUGUUUUCAUGAGGAGUAAUGCCAAUGUUGUGCUUAUUUAUGAAAGAAAUAUGGUUAUUUUGAGAUUGUUGCUAUAUCUGCCAGAAACCAAAUUAGUGCCUAAGGAACCAAAGGGGAAAGUGUGGAUCAUGGUGGCUCAGACUGAUCUCGCAUCAUUUUCCUACCAAAGGAAGUGGGAUAUCCAAGUCUUUCAUGGAUCUCUGUCCUUCACUGUUCACUCAAAUGAAGUUCCAGGUUUCCAACAGUUUCUUCAGACUAGGAACCUUUUCUUAUCAAGAGGUGAUGGUUUUAUCAAAGAUGUGUGGGUACAUGCAUUUGAUUGUGCUUUUCCCAAAGUGCCUCUUACUGAGGAAACCAAUGACAGCUGCACUGGGAAAGAAAAGCUGGAGACCCUUCCUGGAGCUUUUUUUGAAAUGAUGAUGAGUAGCCAAAGCUAUGGUGUAUAUAAUGCAGUCUAUGCAGUAGCACAAGCUAUACAGGCCAUGUGGUCAUGUCCCUUCAGACAGAGAGGAACUGUGAAUGGAUUGACAGCCUUCCUUCAAGAUCUGCAGCCAUGGCAGCUCUACUCAUUUUUGAAAAGGGUCGUAUUUAACAAUACUGCAGGAGAUCAGGUUUCUUUUGACCAGAAUGGAGAAUUGGUAACCGGAUUUGAUAUUCUAAACUGGGUCACAUUCCCAAACCAAUCCAUUCAUCAUGUCAAAGUUGGAAAGCUAGAACCUUGGGCUUCUUCAGGCAAGUUCUUCUCCAUCAAUGGAGAUGCCAUUACAUGGCACAGCAGUUUUAAGCAGGCCCUACCCGUGUCUUCAUGUACUGAGAGCUGCCUCCCCGGUUAUUUCAAACAAAAGCAGGAAGGGAAGCAGUUCUGCUGUUAUGACUGCCUCCCCUGUCCUGAAGGGAAAAUAUCCAGCCAGCAUGACGCGGAUGACUGUUCUGAAUGCCCACAAGACCAAUACGCAAGCAAGAAGCGUGAUUCGUGCAUUAGGAAGACAUUGACCUUCCUUUCUUAUGACAACACUUUGGGGAUGACCUUAGCUAUAUUGGCCCUUUCCUUUUCUCUCUUCACUCUUUUUGUGCUGGGAGCAUUUGUGAAAUAUCACAACACUCCCAUUGUGAAAGCCAACAAUAGGGAUCUCACCUACAUGCUCCUUGUCUCUCUAACAUUGUGUUUCCUCUGCACAUUGCAGUUCCUCAUUGAACCUGGGAAUAUCACUUGCCUCCUCCGACAAAUCAGUUUUGCCAUUGUCUUUUCUGUGGCGGUAUCUUGUGUGUUGGCAAAAACCAUCACUGUGCUUUUAGCAUUCAUGGCCACCAAGCCAGGAUCCAGAGUACGGAAAUGGGUGGGGAGAGGACUGGCCAUCUCCAUUGUCCUUUCUUGUUCCCUCAUUCAAGCAGCUAUUUGUAUAGUUUGGUUGGCAACAUCUCCUCCCUUCCCAGAUAUGGAUCUGCACUCAGAAACUGCAGAAAUUGUACUGCAAUGCAAUGAAGGCUCAGCUACUAUGUUUUACUGUGUCCUGGGUUACAUGGGCUUCCUGGCAGCUUCCAGUUUUACAGUGGCUUUUCUUUCGAGAAAACUCCCCAGCAGUUUCAAUGAAGCCAAGUUUAUCACCUUCAGCAUGUUGAUCUUCUGUAGCGUUUGGGUAUCUUUUGUUCCAAGCUAUUUGAGCACCAAGGGGAAAUACAUGGUGGCCGUGGAGAUCUUUUCCAUCCUGGCCUCAAGUGCUGCAUUACUGGGUUGCAUUUUUUUCCCAAAAUGUUUCUUAAUUUUUCUGCGGCCGCACUUGAAUAUCAGGGAAGAGCUAAUGAGGAAAAAACACUGA